AUGAAGUCCAAGUCUGCCAGCAGACUGUUUUACCUCUCUGUGUUUGCUCUAUGGGCUGCACCGGGUUCUUGCGAGGUUUCGAAUGAUGAUUGUCAUAUCUCGCCCAAGUCCAUCGUUGGCGACGCCUGCGCUUCCUAUUCCACCCUCGACAAAUUAAACCUCUUGACCAAACCCGCCGUCGAUGACCUCACACGAAACACCGAUUUCUUCUCACACUACCGAGUUAAUCUCUUUCACAAAAAAUGCCCGUUCUGGGAUGACGAGAAUGGCAUGUGCGGAAACAUCGGAUGCGCUGUCGAAACUCUGGAUAACGAAGAAGACAUCCCAGAAAUCUGGCGCGCUCAUGCCCUAGGUAAACUCGAGGGCCCUCGUGCUCAGCAUCCCGGGAAAAAGGCCCAGCGCCAGCACCCCCAGCGACCCCUCGGAGGUCUUUUGGGCGAAAAUGUCGGCGAGAGCUGUGUUUUCGAGUACGAUGACGAAUGCGACGAGCGAGAUUACUGUGUUCCUGAAGACGAGAGUGCCAGCUCAAAGGGCGAUUACGUGAGCUUGGUUCGAAACCCUGAACGAUUCACAGGAUACGCUGGCGACGGUGCCAAACAGGUCUGGGACGCCGUCUACCGGGAGAACUGCUUCCAAAAGAGUUCUUUCCCCAAGUCUGCCGAUCUCGGUCAGUCUGGUUGGCAGCAUGGUCCUGCUGCACAAGACUUUAAACAGAUCCUCGAUGCAGCCGGUCGCCAGGCUCAGCUUGAGGAGCGUCGUCAAGAGAACCCCAACACACCGUUUGUCGCAAACACUGGCUUCGAGGUUGAAGAUGGGUGUCUUGAGAAGCGUGUGUUUUACCGUGUCAUGUCGGGAAUGCACGCCAGUAUCAGCACCCAUCUCUGCUGGGAUUUCCUCAACCAGACUACCGGAGAGUGGUCUCCCAACCUGAGCUGCUACGAAUACCGUCUUCACAAGUUCCCCGAUCGCAUUGGAAACGUCUACUUUAACUAUGCACUCAUGACCCGCGCCAUUGCCAAGCUCAGCCCGUACCUCCAGAAGGAGGAGUACAAGUUUUGUCUGGGAGAUCCCUCUGAGGAUGCUGCCACCCGCGCAAAGGUCCUCGAAGUCACCGAGAAAGCUGCUAGCGUUCCUCAAAUCUUUGACGAGAGCCUCAUGUUUGUCAAUGGUGAGGGUCCCUCUCUGAAGGAGGAUUUCCGCAACCGUUUCCGCAAUGUCAGUCGUCUUAUGGACUGCGUUGGCUGCGACAAGUGCCGUCUCUGGGGUAAGCUCCAGACCGCUGGCUACGGAACAGCUCUCAAGAUCCUUUUCGAACUGGACAACAACAACGAAGACGUUCCUCAUCUCCAGCGAACCGAGAUUGUCGCUCUCUUCAACACGUACGCUCGUAUCAGCAGCUCUCUCCACAACAUUGGUCAAUUCCGUCAAAUGAUGGAAGCCAAGGCUGAGAAGGAAAGACUUGCUGAAGAACUUGCCGAGGAGAAGAAGCGUAUCGACGCUGAGAGGGAAAAGCAUGCAAAAGAACUCGAAGAUCGCCAAAAGGAGGAGCAACGUAUCAGGGUUGAGAGGGAAAAGCGCGCCGAGGAACGCAGGAAGGAAAAGACUCCUAACCAAAAGUUGGAGGAGAUGUUUGAAGAGGUCAAGGAAGAGGACACAAAGGUUGAACCCGAGGUUGCCAGGAAUGACCAGAUGGACGAUGCUAUGAGGGACUUUAUUCAGCUUCGUGCAAGAGGUCCCAAGGAGGAGUCCAUGAUGGGUCAUCUUGAGCAUGAACUCGCCCAGUUCAAGGGCGUUUUGCGCGUUGUCCUCAAUGGGUGGGCACGCACCCCAAGAAUGCUAUGGACCAUUGUUAGAUAUGAAGCUCGACGUGCGUUCCGUAGCUACGUCGGUCUUCCCGUUGGUCCACGAGUGUGGAAGUUUGGAUUGCCCAACAUUCCCGCGGACAAGGAUGAGCUGUGA